UCUAAACGUAGCAUUACACGCUUUAGUUAAUGGUACCAAAACAAUCAAAUCCACGGGCCCCACACAUCACGCCAUAAACCCCGUUUAAAAAUCUCCAUCUUUUCCAACUCCUCUACUUUCCAGUUUCCCCUUCGUCACCGCUCUCUUCCCACCAUGGCCACUCCCUCCGUGCUUCACACUCUUCUUCUGCAGCUCUCCCUUCUCCUAAUCUCCGCCGCCGCCGCCGCCGUCACUGACAUCCAUGACCUUCUCAGAAGCAGAGGACUCCCGGCCGGGAUCUUCCCCAAGGAUGUAGUGAAAUCAUAUGACCUUGCCGAUGAUGGCCUCCUCCAGGUGUACCUGGAUUCACCAUGCGUGGCUAUGUUUGAGACAAGGGUGUUCUUUGACAGCGUUGUCAGUGCUAAUCUAAGCUAUGGAGGUCUCAUGGGAGUUCAGGGUCUCUCUCAAGAAGAGCUCUUCUUGUGGCUUCCGGUGAAAGAUAUCAUAGUGUAUGAUCCAUCUUCCGGUCUCAUCUUGUUUGAUAUUGGCGUGGCUCAUAAACAAAUCUCUCUCUCCGUCUUUGAAGAACCCCCCACUUGUACCCCUCAAGGGGCGUUGAUGGAGAAACAAGCAAGGGAGGAAUCUGAGUUUCAGAUUGAAAGAUUCAAAACUUUCUCCUUUUCUUCUUCCUAAUAUGAUGAUGGUCCAAGUAAAAAUUUUGGUGCUGAAUUCUUGUCUUCUGUGUAGUGUGGGGCUGAAGCUGAAUCCUGAAGGUGGAGUUGAUUCUAAUUCUUAGAUUUCUUGGGGGAUUGUAAUUUGUAAAGAAAAAAUGGAAAUGUACUGACUAGAUAAAACAUUGUGGAGAAGAAACAAAAAACACAGUUUUGAAAAAAAAAUCCAAG